ACCAGUCACACUACUCCCCCAGAAUCAAACCCACCCACCAUGAUCUCUUCACUGCCUCCAACUUCUUCCUUCCAUAAAACCCCCAAUUCCACAUUACAUCCUGCCCAAACCCUAACCCUAAUCAACACACUUUCAAAUUCAAUCUCAUUUCCAUACAGAAAUUCCCCAAUCAAACACAAAUCCCUAACAAUUCGCGCCUCAUCACACAUGAUCGAGAAGGAAACCGCCGAGACUCACCGCCCGGAAACCUUCCUCCGUGAUUCCGGUACGGCGAACGAUGCCAGUUCCGUCAGAGGAAGGUUCGAGAAGAUGAUUAGAGAUGCUCAGGAUAGUGUAUGUGCUGCCAUUGAAGCGGCGGAUGGCGGUGGCAAGUUUAAAGAAGAUGUUUGGUCAAGGCCUGGUGGCGGUGGUGGAAUCAGUAGGGUUUUGCAAGACGGUGCCGUUUGGGAAAAGGCUGGGGUUAAUGUUUCGGUUGUGUAUGGUGUUAUGCCGCCUGAAGCUUAUAGAGCUGCUAAUCCUACUGCUGAUAAUGGCACUCUUAAACCCGAGCCUGUUCCGUUUUUCGCUGCUGGUGUUAGCUCUGUGCUGCAUCCAAAGAACCCUUUUGCCCCAACACUGCAUUUCAAUUAUCGGUAUUUUGAGACUGAUUCUCGAAAAGAUGCUCCGGGAGCACCAAGAUCGUGGUGGUUUGGUGGUGGUACUGAUCUGACUCCUGCUUAUAUAUUCGAGGAAGAUGUCAAGCACUUCCAUUCGGUACAAAAAAAAGCUUGUGACAAGUUUGACCCGAGUUUCUACCCACGUUUCAAGAAAUGGUGUGAUGACUAUUUCUACAUUAAGCACCGAAAUGAGAGGCGAGGGCUUGGAGGCAUAUUUUUUGAUGAUCUAAAUGACUACGAUCAAGAAAUGCUUCUCUCCUUUUCCACUGAAUGUGCCAACUCGGUGGUUGAUGCAUAUAUACCAAUUAUAGAAAGGAGAAAGGAUACGCCGUUCACGGAUCAAAACAAGGCAUGGCAGCAACUACGUAGAGGCAGAUAUGUUGAAUUUAACUUGGUGUAUGAUCGAGGAACAACAUUUGGUCUCAAAACCGGAGGUCGUAUUGAGAGCAUUCUUGUAUCCCUGCCAUUGACAGCCAGAUGGGAGUAUGACCAUAAACCAGAAGAGGGAAGUGAAGAAUGGAAACUUUUGGAUGCUUGUAUUAACCCGAAAGAGUGGAUCUGAAUCUCAUGAAGUUUGCAUAGCCUAUAAGAUACCAUUUGCUUGACCGUGUAUCAUUCUGUUUUCCCGUUUCACAUUGAGUUUUGUUAAAUGUAGAGAUGAAGUUAUGGGAGAAAGUAGUUGAGUAAGUAGAUUAUAUACAGAGAUCACGGAGGGUAGAAAUGCUGUAAGUUAUUUCAUAUAUGUACGUAUAAUGUAUGUCUUCUUUUUUGUCCUUUCAA